UUACGAAUUACGAUUAUUAUUUUAUUAUAGGUAGUUUACAAGAUAUUACAUCAUCUUAUUUAAUAUUCAUUAUUCAUUUCAAUAUUUUGAAUUGGACGUUUUGGACGUCGUCGAAUUUCCGGUUGGAUUUCCUGUUUAAUUACACACUAUCCAUCUAUAGUCGACCGUACGGCAUCGAGUUCACUCCGAAGUUUCUCUGAUACCAUUAUGAUCAAAUCCAAGGCUUUACUGCCCUGGACAUGUUUGUUUAAGGAAAGCCGAAUGGCUUCGGAAUGUUGGCGAUCGUUGAGCACCAAACUGGAACCCAUAAAAAUGUCGUUCACAUCAUACGAAUCGGCUGCCGAUGGUGGACAAAAACCGCCCAUCAUCAUCAUGCACGGUCUGUUUGGUUGCAAGUCCAAUUGGAACAGUUUGUCAAAAUCCCUUCACAAUAUGACCCGCAGAAAAGUAAUUACUGUUGAUUCAAGAAAUCACGGAGACUCACCACAUACUUUAGAGCAAUCAUAUCGGCUUAUGGUUGAAGAUGUUAAAUUUUUAAUGGAAGAUUUAGGUGUGAAAAAAGCCUCAUUAAUUGGUCAUAGCAUGGGUGGCAGAACAAUGAUGUACUUAGCAGUCAUCUAUCCAGAACUCGUGGAAUCCCUAAUACCAGUCGAUAUAUCACCAGUUAACAGCAAAGAAGUGAGUGAUAUUCAAAGUAUUAUAGAUGUCUUAAGAGGUGUUAAUUUAGAUAUUGAUGGACCUAUAUCAAAAGUUCGGAAAUUGGCAGAUGAACAUAUGAAAAGUUCAAUAGAGAGUCCAGUACUUCGACAGUUCCUCCUAACCAAUCUUAUUGAAGUGAACAAAAAAUAUCAAUGGCGGAUAAAUUUAGAAUCUAUCAAUGUUAAUUUUAAAAAAGGGCUUGCUGUGUUUCCACCUGUGCAAUCAACAUAUAAUGGGCCAACAUAUUUCAUUGGAGGCGGAAAUUCACUUUUCUUGAAACCAUCAGAUCAUGAAGCCAUCAAACAGAUAUUCCCUUUAGUUAAAUUUGAUUAUAUAACUGGUGCCGGUCAUUGGUUACAUGCUGAAAAACCUCAGGAGUUUUUAAAAUUAGUGUCACAAUUUUUAGCUACUGUAUAGAAAUAUAAUUUUAACAAAUAUCAUUAUCAGGUUAGGAAAUAUAAAGAAAUUCAAACUUUGUAUUAAUAUGCCCCUAUGUGAUUGUCUGUGUAACUAUUUUCAGAUAACUAAUUAUGGGUUAAAUAUCAUUUUUUAUGAUAAUUAUUCAAACAAUAAAAUAAAAAAAUUUUUUA